AUGUCCCAGUACGGCUACCCUCAAGACGGCCAGGACCAGCAACAGCUGCAGGACCAGCAACAACAGCAACCUGAUGCACACGCUGCUGCUCACCACUCAAAGCGAAGGCAAUAUCCUACUCAGCAGUACAAUUUUAACGCCCAGUCACCUGCUCCCAACUCUUAUCUUGGUGCUCCUGGUUAUGGUGGCGGCCCAUCGCCCCAGGCUAAUCCCGCUGCUCCCGGUGUUGCAGCAGCAGCAGCAGCAGGUUCCAACGCAGUUUUCACCCCAGCAAUUGCCAACCAGCCAGGCUCCCAAGGCUCUUUUCCCAACACACAGGCCCCUGUAGAUGCUCUUGCUAACCAGUUUGGUGGAAUGGGUUUCAGUAAUGGCGCUGCUCCCUUUGGUGCUGCUCCUCAAGCUGCUGCUUCCCCAUAUGGUGCUGCUAAUCAAACUUAUGGCCCCGGUGGCCCGGCUUACGGUGCCGGCUAUGGCCCUCUAGGCGCCGGUAGCGGCGGUGGCAUUGCUGAUACUUCUAAUAUCUCUAGUUAUGGUGCUUCUGCUGGUGCUCCUGUCGAUCCCAAUGCUGUGCCGAAACUUCCGCUUAACAAGCUUUACAAUCUGGAUCUCCUAUCCUACCUUCCUCCCCCUAUUUCGGAUCUUUCUCUCCCCCCACCACCGAUCAUCCUCCCUCCCAAUGCCCAAUUAACUCAGAGCUCAGAGGCAAAUGCUAACCAUGAAUACAUGCGCUGCACUCUUAAUGUGAUUCCCAAAAAUCGCUCUCUUCUCAAAAAGUCCAAGCUACCCCUUGCUCUUAUCAUUAGACCAUACAAUGCCCUCCUUAACUCCUCGGAGAAUAUCCCAGUCAUUAGUGAUACCGACAUUUGCCGUUGCAGAGCGUGCCGUGCCUACAUUAACCCUUUUGUCACUUUUGUCAACCAGGGCCACCGCUGGAAGUGCAAUCUCUGUGGCAUGACCAACGAUGUUCCAGCAAAAUUCACUUAUGACACGGUAAACAAUGUCAAGAGAGACUUGUGGGCCAGACCGGACCUUAAUUAUGGUGUGGUGGAUUUCAUCGCCCCUUCUGGAUACAUGGUUAGACCUCCCCAACCCCCAGUUUACGUAUUUGUUCUCGAUGUCAGCGCCCACUCUAUCCAAAAUGGUCUCUUGGCCACUGUCGCGCGUGUCAUUAAGGAGAACCUCGACCGCCUUCCUAAUAAGGACGAUAGAUGCAAGGUCGCCUUCAUUGGUGUUGAUUCUUCCUUGUACUUUUUUAAUCUUGAAGCUGACCGCAACGAGGAUGGUACUGUUGCUGAGGACUCGGAUUACAUCCCGUCCAUGCUCGCUGUCUCUGAUCUCGAUGAUCCAUUUUUGCCUCUCCCCACCGGCCUUCUUGUUGAUCUUACUGAGAAUAGAAAGCAGAUUGACGCUCUUCUUGACAAGCUUGGCGUUCUUUUCGUCAACAAUGUCAAUACCAACAAUGCUCUUGGUUCAGCUCUCGACGUGGCUCACAAGCUCAUUGCUCCAAUUGGUGGUAAGAUUAUUUGCCUUUCCUCCAGUUUACCCAAUGUUGGCCUUGGCAAGCUUGAAGCCCGCGAAGACCGAAAGAGUCUUGGAACUUCCAAGGAAAAUGCUCUUUUGAAGACAGCCUCGUCCUUUUACAAGGAUCGCGCCAUUGAGUUCAACAGAUCACAGGUCUCGGUCGACAUGUUCCUCUUUUCUUCGCACUACCAAGACGUUGCAUCAUUAUCCAAUCUCCCUAGAUUUACUGCUGGUCAGACUUACUUUUACCCCGGAUGGAAUGCCUCCAGACCCGAGGACGUUGUUAAGUUGGCUCAUGAGCUUGGUGAGCAUCUGUCUCAAGAGCUUGCUUACGAGGCUGUUCUCCGUGUUCGUGGUAACCGCAACGUGAGAAUGAGUGGAUUUUACGGCCACUUUUUCAACAGAUCUUCUGAUCUUUGCUCAUUUCCCUCUUUCCCCCGUGACCAAAGCUACGUCAUUGAGGUUGCCAUUGAGGACAAUAUUGUCCAGCCUUGGAUUUCCUUCCAAGCUGCUGUUCUUCACUCCACUUGCGAAAGUGAACGCCGCAUCAGAGUCAUCACAAUUUCUGUCCCUACAAGUGACUUGCUUCCUGACAUUUACGCUUCUGCUGACCAGCUCGCUAUCACAGCUUACCUCACCCAAAAGGCUUGUGAAAAGGCAUUGUCAACUGGCCUUACCGAGGCCCGUGAGCUUGUCUAUAACCGUCUGCUUGAGAUUCUCCAGACGUAUAAGAAGGAGCUUAUGACGACCAAUGUUGGCGGCUCGGCACCCAUUCAGUUUUGUGCUAAUAUGCGCAUGCUUCCACUUUUGGUUAAUGCCAUCAUUAAGCACGUUGCUUUCCGCCAAUCUGCUCAAAUUGCUUCAGACUUGAGAUCUUCGGCCAUUUGCUUGCUUGAGACCUUGCCAGUCCCAUACCUGAUUAAGUAUCUUUAUCCUGAUCUCUACAGUCUUCAUGACAUGUCUGAUGAGGCAGGACUUCCUAAUGAGGAGACUGGGGAAAUUGUUUUGCCUCAAAAGGUCAAUCUGACUGGCGAGAGAAUUGCCUCUCACGGUCUUUAUCUUAUCCACGAUGGUCAAACCAUGUUUUUGUGGAUUGGCCGUGACGCUGUUCCCCAGCUUAUUCUCGAUGCCUUUGGCCUUGACAGCAAAGACAAGCUGCCCACAGGUAAGGCGGAGAUUCCUGAGACGGACACGCCGCUUAAUCUGCGUAUCCGUGCCAUCAUUAGCAAAAUUCGUGAGAAGAAGGACAACAUCACGUGGCCAUCGCUUUUCAUUGUGCGCGAGGAGGGUGAGCCAUCUCUUAGACAUUGGGCUUCUACAUUCUUUGUGGAGGAUAAGACAGAUCAGAGCUUAACAUAUUACCAGUUCUUGACUGGUUUGAGAGACAAGCUGAAUGCGUAA